AUGCCAUCAUGGCUCCCAUCAAUAGCAUACCCGCCCGCUCGUGACGAUGGCUACUGGGCUCCUAUCACCUCCACACUAGACUGGUGUGAAGAGAACUACUACGCGACAAGAUACUCCGCCGAGAUCGUCAACACGUUGACCAAUCUCCUCUUCAUCUUCCUCGCUUUCAAGGGAAUGUACAACUGCUACACUAAUGGUCACGACCGCAUCUUCUUCAUCACCUUCGUCGGCUACCUUAUAGUCGGAAGUGGGAGUUUCGCCUUCCACACCACGCUCAAAUACCCCAUGCAGCUCGUCGAUGAGUUGUCCAUGAUCUACACCACCUGUCUCAUGUUCUGGGCCACCUUCGAGCACAAGCGUGCGCAGCCGAUCCCAACACUCCUGGGUAUAUCUGUCGCCAGUCUCGCGGCUUUCAUCACAGGCUACUAUCAUUACCUGCAGGACCCGACGUUUCACCAGAAUGCUUACGCAAUCCUAACUGCGUUGGUCUUGUUCAGGAGCAUGUAUAUCAUGGAGGUCAGCUUACGACCAUACUUUAAGAAGAUGUCGGACAGUGGAGGUGUAGGGAAGUUGGAGAGGAGUAGAGAGGAUACGAGAGAUAAGAAGAUCAUUGGACAGAUGUGGAUGCUCAUUGCUUGCGGCUUGUCCACCUUCCUCGGAGGCUUUGUGAUCUGGAGCUUGGACAAUGUGUAUUGCUCGAAACUGCGCAGUUGGCGACAUGAGAUCGGUCUGCCAUGGGGUAUUGUGCUGGAAGGCCAUGGAUGGUGGCAUCUCAUGACGGGUUAUGGUGCUUACAUGUAUAUCAUCUGGGGGAUAUGGCUGCGGCACUGCUUGAACGGCAAGCAGGACGAAUAUGUGCUGGUCUGGCCGAGCAUGUUCACCUCCAUACCUCGUAUUGACCGGCGACGGGCUGAGAAUGGCCAUACGAAUGGUAGCCUCAAGAAGGCACAGUAG